AUGGGAAAAACAUUCAUCAAUGGGUUAGCUUAGUAAUAUGAUCCUGAAUACGAUUCAGCCAGAUUAAAAGGAUACAUAACCUAGGCUGAUUACUCUCAUCUAAUGGAUAAAAUCAAUGAAAUGUUAUUUGAUUACUUCCCCUGUUUGUUUUGCUAGUGCUUUGGGUAUAUGUGCUGUCCAAUUUCAGGGGGAUUAUCAUUUUUAUGUCCCAUGAUAUGCAUUAAUGAUGCUAGAAAUAACGUUGAGAAGUACUUGCAGAAAACAAAUAAAAAUCAGUUGAACUCAUAUGGACUAAAUAUGAAUUUAAGAUUCGGCUGUUCAACUAGUUGGGUAUAAUUAAUUAUUAUUUAAUGA